CCCUACGCUGCGGCUGGGCAAUUGUUCGAGCAGGAUGCUGAACGCGGAAGGGUCUCGGUCCCAUUGCUAGGGCCUGCUCCAGGUUCUGCUGCGUCUCGGUUGGACUCCCAUUGGCCGGUUCCAUCGGACUCUGUCGCACCGUCGUCGGCCAGAAGCGAGGCAGUCGGAGCACAGCAUCCAGCAGCAGCGCUACUAGCGGCAGCCGAACGGAAAGACUCCCAGGCAAGUCGUGGUCUGUUACCUGUGUGUCCGCGUGCGUGUGGACCAUGCGUGUGCCUCGGCUGCGUGGGUGUGCGCCGAGGUAGCCUACCUGGCGGCGUCCAACACGCAGUAAACCGCGCGCUCCUUCGUGUCUACGAUCGAGAAACGUAGGUACGGUGCUACGUUCGCGACGAUUACGCGGUUUUCUUCCUUUUCCCUACGUUCCUUUUUUCUCUCUCUCUCUUUCUCUCUCUUUCUCUCUCUUUAUCUACCUAUCUCCCUCUCCGAUCGCGACUUCGCGGUGAUCCAAGCUUCCGGAAGAGGAGAAGCGAUCCACGAUCGAGCGGUAUCGAGGAGGUUGGAGGAGGUGCGCGGCGAGUGUGCGAGUUUCGUGGCCGAAAUCGUGUGCCCCUACCAACUUGAUUGUACGAUUCACAGUGUGUCGCUAGUGCGGAUCCGUGUAUGUGUGCUUACGUGGGUGCUCGCGGAUGGUUUCACGAUAAAGCAGCCGAGGAACGAACAGCAGAAUCGUUGGUGGCAGCGACUCGAUGUAGCCGAUCCUGGUAUCGCGACGAAUGCUCCCGCCAGCGAUCGCUGCACAGGAUCACACGUCUCGGGCGGAGAUGCGACGGUGGACCGAUAUCGGCGGAGAGUAAACGCGAGAUCGAGAAGCGUUCUCGACGGCCGACGUUUCCCUGGUGUCAUCGGUAUGCCGACGGACAUCGUGGCGUCGUCGGCCUCGGCCUCGGCUACGGUCUCGGAGGAGACGAGCAGAGGUCGAGACCUGGGCCUUGGGCCGUCACCAAGAACGGCACCGACUUCAGCGGGCGCAUCGUCCUCAGGAUCAGCGGCACAGUCGACUUCGAGGGGCUUCGACCCGUCUAGCGCCCUGGCUGCCUAUCAUCACCAUCGACAUGGCUUGGUAGCCGGCUUGGGUCAUCAUCAUCACCGCGAAUCGUCUGCGUUCGUGCCCGUGGUGCCCUCGAGGCUCCACCUGGCGCCCUAUCCGGCCGACCUGCACCCUCACUUAACCGGGCCACCACCUUCCUCGUCGAACGCGUCGAAUCCGGAUCACGAGGUCGGCGCAGAGUCGUCAGUCGCGAGAAAAUCCUCGUCCAGUUACGAAAUUAUGGCUAUGAUGGCGGACAAGAGGAAGGAACUAGCCGCGAGGGCACUUCUGCUUCCUCCACCGCCUCUUCUCGAACCACCGCCCGGUUACCCGGUAUUCGCAGGGCCUUUCCCGGGUGGUUCGGCGGCGCUCUAUCCGCCUGGUGGACCCUUGGCGCAUCAACAUUUGGAUAGGAGGCUCUUAAGGGCACCGGGAAGGGCGUCCAGGCCUAAGAAACAGUUUAUCUGUAAAUUCUGUAAUCGACAAUUUACGAAGUCGUACAAUUUGUUGAUUCACGAACGGACGCACACGGACGAGAGGCCGUACUCGUGCGAUAUCUGCGGCAAAGCUUUCAGGAGGCAGGAUCACCUUCGAGAUCACAGGUAUAUUCACAGCAAGGAGAAGCCGUUCAAGUGCGGCGAGUGCGGCAAAGGUUUCUGCCAAAGCCGUACCCUAGCCGUGCACAAAAUCCUUCACAUGGAAGAAUCUCCUCACAAGUGCCCGGUCUGCGCUCGAAGCUUCAACCAACGCAGCAACCUGAAGACCCACCUCCUCACUCACACGGAUCACAAACCUUACGAGUGUACCUCGUGCGGUAAGGUGUUUCGCAGAAACUGCGAUCUGAGGAGGCACGCGUUGACGCACGCGGUAGGCGACGUGCCUCCCGAAGCGUUGGAGGAGGCUCUCAGAGACGACGACAGCCCGGAAGAGGACUGCCAGGAUGCCGGCUCGUCGUCGUCCGCGUCUACGACCAACUCCUCCUUGCCAACUUCCACGACGAACGCUUCCUAUCCCUCUCAAAGCUCGUCCGGACCGCCGCAACCGGCUCCAGCGCCAACUUCCUCGUCCACCCUUCCUCAGAGACCUCAUCUCCAAAUCAGAAGAGACCUGCUUCCGGCCGUGAAGCCGUCCUCCACGGUAACCAGCAGCGCAACUGGCGGACACUCCGUCACACAGAAUCCUCCUGGUGCGCUCCCACCCCCACCGCCAUUGAUUCUGACCUCGUACAGACGAAGAAUCGGAUCACCCGGACCGUCGAGGGUGCUGCUGGAGCUGCAGGAACGCGAGAGGGAACGAGAACGAGAGAUGGAACAGAGUAGAGAAAGAGAACGCGACAGAGAACGAGAGGAAGAGGUGUCGCGACCACCUAGGGCACCCACCCCUCAGCCGCCACCUCCACCCAGACCCGCCCCAGCCAGGCAGGGGUUCACUAUAGCGGAUAUAAUGCGUCGGUAGAAGGGACAAUGUCGCAACGGAGAAUACCAAAUGAUCGUCUGCUGUGAAAUUGGAUUUCGAGGAAGGGGACUAAUUGGUGCAAACGAAUGGAAUCGUCAUGGACGCCGUUCGGAUAUGAUCCGAGCGAUGGAGUAUUUUGUAAGCGGUAUAUCUGUAUCCGAAUGGUAAAGAAUACGGCGGAAGAGGAUGUUACGUGUUAGGACUUUUACAUGGGUGGUCCAAGUGGCGUAGGCUCGUACGUCGAUGAUUUAAUUUCGUUUCGGGUAAUCGCGGUGAUUUUAUCGCGAUACAUGGAACGAGUAUAUUCCCGUGGAAUGUUCCGACGGAUAUCGGGUUACUAUUUCUUACACGUGGAUUUCCACCGAUACUGGUCGAUACAGAAACUAGACGUCAAAAGGCGUUUUUUCUAGAAAGACAAAAAAAAUGUCGUUCUUGAAAAAAUGCUACGAGACUUUUCUUACGAGCGAGCUCGCGUCAAUUUGGAUUCCCAGCCUUUGUGUAGUAUAAAAGGAUAAAACAUGCCAAAUGACGAAGAUCGUUUUACAACGGUGGAAAUAUCGUCACGACGAUCGAAUGGUGUUGUUUCUUCGAUUCGAUCGAUAAUUGCGAAACCAUUGCUACGGACUGUGGUAUUUUUUAGUUCAUUAAACGAACAAUGUAUAAAUUGUAUAAUCUUUUUCUAUUACAAAAUUAAAUCGACAUUAUAUUACCUUAAUUGUUAAACGUUAAACGUUAAGUACUCGAUAUCUUUUUCUUAGGAGAAAGAUUAGUUGGUAGAUAAUAUAAUAAUAAUUAGAUGUCACGUUAAUUAUAUAUUAUUGUUACGAAGAGCGUUUAUAAAAAGAGCAUUUAUAAUUGUUGUACAUAUGAAAAUAUUAGAAAAAGAUUGGAAAUUUAUCGAGCGAUUGAUUUUUAAUUCAACGAUGAACUAUAAAAAGUUGCAAAGAAUUCGUUUUAUUGGAAUUUUCAUUAGCUGUAGGAAAAUGACAAUAUCUGUUUUUUGAAACGUGAUCGAAAAGCGAUCACAACGAAUCGUGGCAAUAUUUUUACCGUUCUUCCAUACGAUUUUACGUCGCGUUGGCAAUUGAAUGAAGUUUUUAUCUGUAGUUAUAUACAUAUAUGGCUGUAUUUUUAUAUUCGAUAAGGGAGAAGAAAGGGAAGAAACAAAGAAACCUUAAGAAAAGUACAACGUGCAGGGGUUGGAAGCGUUAACAUUGACAAAAUUUUAUCGUAUCGGUGCAUCGAGAGGACGUUUGUACAUACAACUGCGAAGUCUAGUUAAUCUUGGAACAACUAAUCGACGCUAAAGUUUUAUUUUAUACGCUGCGAAUGUAAAUUUCGUACUUUUUCUAUCGGUCAUAUCGGAUGAAUAUUCUGCCGACUAUUCGCCGAGUGGUAGAAAAAUUUAUUCGACUGAUGUCGACGUUUCUUACAACCACGAUAUCGAUUUUCAACGUGAAAAAAUGUGCCUUAUUUUGCAUCGUACAAAGGACGACGAGAGGCAACGAAGUAGUCGAGAAUUCUUUCGGUCUCCCUCGGCACGUUUACCGAAAAAUCUCUACGACUUUCUCCAUCGACGUUUCAUCCGCGUAUUUAUCCAUAUUUCGGUCACGUUCGGAAAUUUUCCAAAAGAAGAAAGAUCCAAAAUUGACGAUAGUACGAGCCUUCGAGUACACUCGUUAGGAGAAAGAAGCGAUGUUCUCGUGACGUUCGUGAUACUUGCCAACCCCGUGAAGAAAAGAAAAGAAGAAAAAGAUAAAGGAGACGCCGUAAAUAAAGAUCGAAACGGGAGGAUAGUAAAACGCCUUCAUUGUCUGCAACGACUCAAGGAGGGGAUAAUGCAAAUUUUUCGGCCACAGGAAGAACCUGUGCCACCGUUGCCACAGGUGACAGGUGCAAUAGGGUGUCGAAGCUACUUGGUUUAGGUGGUACCUGCUCUCUUCUAAAAAUAUUCCUGACCCUAGACCGUCCCCCCCCCCUUUUUUUCUUCUAUUCUACCGGUGGAGAGCAUCAUUAAGAGUCCUUUUGUGACCGAGGAUGCACCGUCUAACCGCAACGAUGAUCUCCCCUUCGGUUUUACUACUGGUCGAAACGCGUUUCUUUUCUAGAAGAAACGUCUGUGGAAUUUAUUCGUCGAGCUCGCUUCUUCCUUCGGCGUUUAACGCCGCCCGUUGUUCAGCUCUUCGAGCCGAACAGUAUCUCACCGAGAACGAUGCCAUCCUUGCAGUUUUUAACUUGCCACUUGUUCAUCGAGUGGAUAGUGUACCUUUUUUUUUUUUUUUUUUUUUUUUAAGAAGUUGUUGGUUUUAAUUAUUAGGUGGACGAAUUUGAAAGAAGAUCGAAGCAGCACGCAUUAAAAGUAUUUCUUCGAAAAAAUCGAGAGUAUUAUUUUAUUGUAUUAUUUAUCCUACGAAAAGCCUGAAAAUGUUUCGACACACUUAACGAUAUUUCUGCCGCAUUGUACGAUGAAAAUCUGGAGAAGCAGCUCGUCGAGAAGUGGAAGACGAUUAUAUAAACCGUACGAAACGAAAUAUCUUUACGAGUACGAAAUGAAAGCUAUCAUACAACGUUGUAAUUUCUAUUUCGAAGUACGCGUUAAAAUAGGAAUGAAAUUCCUAGGCCUAUGUGUAUAAGCGCGAAAGUGAUGGGAAAGGAAAGAAUGCGUUUGCGUAUGAGUGUGUGAGAGAAAGCGAGAGGGAGAAAGUGCGAAACAAAAGAAUUAAAAUAUUUUGUACUAUUUUUUAAUAUACCUACUGUAUAGUGAUAUAUGGAAAUGUACAAUGUACUAUGUACAACGAGCUCUGUUCCGCCGAAUGAACUAGAAAUUCGCGGAUGGUUUAAGUCUCCUGUUAUUUUCUAUGUUAUUAAUUUACGCCAUGCACGAGCAUCUAUAUUUUUAGAUUUAUACGAGAGUUAAGUAAGUUUGUAAAUUAUAUUAAGAAAAACGAAAUAAAAGAUAUUAAAAACA